GGGCCAAGGAAUCCUCCCCUCCCCCUCAGUCCUGCCCUCCCCUUUCCAAAGUGGCCAAGAAUAAAGCUCAGAACUAUUACCUGUACCGUAGGACGAGUGGAAGGAGGCGAGGACCAGGCUGAAGAGCAAGGUGGCCUUCAGAGCAGAGACUAAGGCUGGGCCGACAUGGCAUCUGUGUUUCGAAGCGAGGAGAUGUGUUUAUCCCAAGUGUUUCUCCAGGUGGAGGCUGCCUAUUGCUGUGUAGCUGAGCUGGGAGAGCUUGGCUUGGUUCAGUUCAAAGAUCUAAACGCAAACGUGAACAGCUUCCAGAGGAAGUUUGUGAAUGAGGUCCGAAGGUGCGAGUCGCUGGAGCGAAUCCUCCGGUUUCUGGAAGAUGAGAUGCAAAACGAGAUUAUAGUCCAGAUGCCCGAGAAGGACCCGGAGACCCCUCUCCCCCGAGAAAUGAUCACCCUGGAGAGUACUCUCGAGAAAUUGGAAGGAGAGCUACAGGAAGCCAACCAGAACCAGCAGGCAUUGAAGAAGAGCUUUCUGGAGCUGACAGAACUCAAAUACCUCCUAAAGAAAACCCAGGACUUUUUUGAGACCGAGACCAACCUAGCUGAUGACUUCUUUGUUGAAGACACUUCGGGUCUCUUGGAGUUAAGAGCCAUACCUGCGUUCAUGACUGGAAAGUUGGGGUUCACGGCCGGCGUGAUCCACAGGGAGAGGAUGGCUUCCUUCGAGAGGCUGCUGUGGAGAGUUUGUCGGGGAAACGUGUACCUGAAGUUCAGUGAGAUGGAAACACUUCUGGAGGACCCCUUGACGAAAGAAGAAAUUAAAAAGAAUAUAUUCAUCAUAUUUUAUCAAGGAGAACAGCUCAGGCUGAAAAUCAAGAAGAUCUGUGAUGGGUUUCGUGCUACCAUCUACCCCUGCCCAGAGCCUGCAGCUGAGCGCACAGAGAUGCUGGCCAGUGUCAAUGUGAGGCUGGAAGACUUAAUCACCGUCAUUACCCAGACAGAGUCUCACCGACAGCGCCUACUGCAGGAAGCAGCCACCAGCUGGCACUCCUGGGUCAUCAAAGUGCAGAAGAUGAAGGCGGUCUACCACGUCCUGAACAUGUGCAAUAUCGAUGUCACUCAGCAGUGCAUCAUCGCCGAGAUCUGGUUCCCCGUGGCAGACACCAGAAACAUCAAGAAGGCCCUGGAGCAAGGCAUGGAACUCAGUGGCUCCUCCAUGGUCCCCAUCAUGACAGAAGUGGAAACUAAGUCAGACCCUCCCACCUUCAACAGGACUAAUAAAUUCACAGCUGGCUUCCAGAACAUUGUCGAUGCAUAUGGUGUGGGUAGCUACAGAGAGAUGAACCCAGCUCCCUACACUAUCAUCACCUUCCCCUUCCUGUUUGCUGUGAUGUUUGGAGACUGUGGCCACGGAAUGGUGAUGCUGAUGGCAGCCCUGUGGAUGGUCGUGAAUGAGAAGCAUUUGCUGGCUCAGAAGAGUACCAAUGAGAUCUGGAACACCUUCUUCAAUGGGCGUUAUCUGAUCCUACUCAUGGGCAUCUUCUCCAUCUACACCGGCUUGAUCUACAAUGACUGCUUCUCCAAAUCUUUUAACAUCUUUGGGUCCUCUUGGAGCGUCCAGCCUAUGUUCAGAAAUGGCACAUGGAAUGCUCACAUCGUGGAAAAGAGUCCAUAUCUGCAGCUGGACCCAGCCAUCCCAGGAGUGUAUUCUGGAAAUCCCUACCCAUUUGGGAUCGAUCCGAUUUGGAACCUGGCUUCAAACAAACUCACAUUCUUAAACUCCUAUAAGAUGAAGAUGUCAGUCGUCCUGGGAAUCAUUCAGAUGACUUUUGGUGUUGUUCUCAGCCUCUUCAAUCACAUUUACUUCAAGAGAACCCUCAACAUCAUCCUGCAGUUCAUCCCCGAGAUGAUUUUUAUGCUGAGUCUGUUUGGAUACCUGGUUUUCAUGAUCAUUUUCAAGUGGUGUCGGUACGAUGCCCACACAUCCCAGAAGGCUCCCAGCAUCCUCAUCCACUUCAUCAGCAUGUUUCUCUUCGACUACGAUGAGUCCAACGCUCCCCUGUACAGCCACCAGCAAGAAGUCCAAACUUUCCUUGUCAUUGUGGCAUUGGCCUCUGUGCCGUGGAUGCUUCUGAUUAAGCCGUUUAUUCUCAGAGCCAAACACCAGAAAUCUCAGCUGCAGUCUUUCACGAUCCAUGAGGAUGACCUUGAGGGUGGUCACUCGAGCACUUCUGCACAGAAGAGCGCAGCGGCCCACGGGACUAAGGAUGGCCACGAGGAGGAGUUCAACUUUGGAGACAUCUUUGUCCACCAGGCCAUCCAUACCAUCGAGUACUGCCUGGGCUGCAUCUCCAACACAGCCUCGUACCUUCGGCUCUGGGCCCUCAGCCUGGCUCAUGCAGAGCUGUCCGAGGUGCUGUGGACCAUGGUGAUGAACAUCGGCCUUCGCCUUCGGGGCUGGGGAGGGCUCAUUGGGGUCUUCAUCAUUUUUGCCGUCUUCGCCAUUCUGACAGUCGCCAUCCUCCUCAUCAUGGAGGGUCUCUCGGCCUUCCUGCAUGCCCUCCGGUUGCAUUGGGUGGAGUUCCAGAACAAGUUCUAUGAGGGGGCUGGCUCCAAGUUCUCCCCCUUCUCCUUCAAGCACAUCCUGGAGGGGGCUGCUGAGGAGUAGGGCUGCUCUGCUGCUCUGGUUCUGGUGCCAGCUGAAGGAGUUCACUUUUGUCCCCGAUGUCCCGGCCAGGCCUGGUGACCCACGCAGCAGCCCUACAGUGCGAUGCUAUGUGAGGUGUGGGGUUUGGCAGGCUUUAACUGAGUAGCCGAGGGGCUGCUUUUCACUGGGAUUGUGUGCAAUCAAAUGCUCAAACACUGCAGUAACUGGGAAAUGGGGAAGGAGACACUAGACCACUAUCUUCUUGUGAUGGUUUGUUUCUUGUUUUACUUUAUAUCUGCUUUUGAGACAAGGUCUCAUUUGCUCUAAAUGUCUUGGAAAUAGCUACGUAGCCGAUGGUGACUUUGAACUCUGGCUCCUUCUGCCUCCACUUACCAAAAGUUGAGAUGAUAGGCACAGGCCACCGCACCUGGGUCUCCUGCAAUAUUUCAAGGGUUAUAAUCACAGAAAUAAAUGUCUGCUUUGUUCACUGUU